GAUUAUACUGAUCGUCUUAUCUCUAAGUCCAAGCCUUUCUCUUCCUUUGGAAAAUCGGAGUUCUACUGUUCGACAUGUGAUGUUCCUUUGUAUUCUCAAGUCAAUUUUGAUAUUCACGUGAAGGGUAAAAAACAUAUCGACAAGAAAAAGCAAUUAACGGGUUCCCAAGAGCAGGUGCACAAAUUCAUUGGUCAUGCCACUCUACGACCCAUGCUAUUUGUUUGCCAUCGGUCCCCGCAGGUUAAAGCACUGACACAAAUAUCCCAAUGUGACACUGAUGUUGUGCUCCAAAUACCGUUCGAGGGCGAUGCAUCCAUUUCACCCGUUGCUCUGACGGUGGCAUUGGGUUUAGUGCAGGAGAACCGUGCUGCCAUAGAAAAGUUUUCUGAGCACUGUUUUGGCGUCUGGAUUUGUUCUAAAAAAUCGGCUGUACCACGACGAAUGGAAGAGGUGCGGCUCCUCUCUAAAAAUAUAACCAAGAACCGCCCGCGCCUGGUGAACAUUGUAAAGGAUGCCUUUAGCAUGGAUGAUAGGAGCUGUGGAAUUACCCAGCAUGAAAUCGCCUUUUCAACGCCUGGAGGAUUACACAACCUGUUAGAAAGUGUCCCCAACGUGCAGAGGGCUAUCUGCGUCCUAGUCUUUACAGACGUCGAGUUGAGUGUGGAUAAUGAUCCAACUGAACGUCUGCUAAACCAUUUUGUUUGUUUUGGUCCCAUGCAUCCAACUACACGACCACGGGUAAGGGCGGGGUGGGCAAGGUCUCGCGUCUACAUAUUCAAUUUGUCUUCAAUUUGCUUCGUCCUAACUAUUUGCAGAUUAUCUUUAUCACAUCUGGGAGGAUUCCUUGUUGGCCAUCACUUAAGGCAUUUUCUGCGAUCCGUUAAUUCGAUCCUCUCUCCAUCGGUCUACACGCCACUGCUAUGA